AUGGUGCCCGGCCGCCGGUGUGCCGGCGCGGCGUCUCCGGGCGCGCUCUGCCUGGGCGCCGCGCUCAGCGGGAUCCUCAGCUUCGGCCUCUUGGCUGCGGCCAUCGGCACGGACUACUGGUACCUGAUCCGCGUGGAGCUGGCGGGGCGCAACGGCAGCGCCUGGGAGGCGGAGCAGCUGAGUUCCCACUCCGGACUCUGGCGUCUGUGCGAAGGGCGGAAUGCCUGUAUGCCUCUCAUUGACCCGUUUGGCACCGAGAGCAGGCAGGUUCCGGCAUCCCUCCAACAUCUUAUCCGCAUGCACCGGGCCUUUGUGGUUCUGCUGCCGCUCAGCCUCAUCUUGGUUGUCUUCGGCUGGAUCUGCGGCGUCAUCAGUUCGCUGGCCAGGAGCUCCCGGUUUCUGCUGUUUACAGGCUGCUAUUUUUUACAGGGGGCGUUGCUGACGUUGACAGGGACCACCAUCUACAUCUGCUACUCCAGGGCUGCAUUCAGAGAGACCGUGCAGAUGUUCGACCUGAAGCGCUUUGAGCACGUCCGCAUUGCCUUCGGCUGGUCCUUGGCACUUGCCUGGCUCUCCUUCGGCACGGAAGUGCUGGCUGGCAUCCUCUUUCUCCUGGCUGCUAGGGGACUCUGCCUGAAUCCAGAUGCGAGUUCUGUGGUCAUCUGA